CAUUAAGCCCCGCCUCGUGAGUCAACGCGUGGCGACGGCGAUGGGGCCGUGGGGCUGCGUGGCGCUGCGGCUCGGGGCGUUUCUGUGGCGCCGGGCCUUCUCCCUGGGAGCGUGGCCCGCGGCGGCCGCGGGGCUCCGGCUUCGGCUGCUUUCCGUGGGGCGACUUCCGGUGGGACCGACGCUAGGCAAGGUCUGCCCGGCCCCCGACCGAGCGCGCGGCCCGCACGGCGGGCAGGGCCUGGAGGAGCGGGCGGAGGGAACAGCCGGCGAGGGGCGCCCGGAGUCAGGCACCGGAGAUCAUACUGGUCCCAAGUUUGACAUCGAUAUGCUGGUUUCACUUCUGAGGCAAGAAAAUGCAAGAGACAUUUGUGUCAUCAAGGUUCCUCCAGAAAUGAAAUAUACAGAUUACUUUGUAAUUGGUAGUGGAACUUCUACUCGACACUUACAUGCCAUGGCCUACUACAUUGUGAAAAUGUACAAAUACCUGAAACGUAAAAGUGAGCCCCAUGUUAAGAUCGAAGGGAAGGACACUGAUGACUGGCUCUGUGUGGACUUUGGCAGCAUGGUGAUUCAUUUGAUGCUUCCAGAAACCAGAGAAACCUACGAAUUAGAGAAAUUAUGGACCCUUCGUUCUUAUGAUGACCAGUUAGCUCAGAUAGCACCCGAGACCUUACCUGAAGACUUCAUUCUUGGAAUAGAAGAUGACACUUCAUCUCUGGCUCCUGUGGAGUUUAAAUGUGAAUAAAAUGGUAUCUGGAAAAUGAAGCUG